GAGAGCUGUUUGAAAGCCUUGUAGUCGCUAUGUAAGACGCCUUGCUGUGGUCUAUGACUGUGUAUGAUGCUUCCUAAUAACUUUGCUAUUUUUUCCAAUCAAAAUGGGCAAAAAACCUAGUAAAUUAAAGCCUGAAGUUCUUCAGGAACUUGUGAACAAAACAUAUUUUAACGAAAAAGAACUGCAACGUUGGCAUAAAGGUUUCUUAAAAGACUGUCCGAAUGGCAAUUUGAACCAAGAGGAAUUUGCAGGAAUAUAUAAACAAUUCUUCCCUUAUGGCGAUCCCUCUGAAUUUGCCGCAUUUGUUUUCAACGUGUUCGAUGUGAACAAGGAUGGAAGCAUUGAAUUUGAAGAAUUUAUCAGUGCUUUAUCAGUGACCUCAAGAGGAAGUCUGGAUGAAAAAUUACAAUGGGCUUUUAAGCUUUAUGACUUGGACAAUGAUGGUUUUAUAACCAGAGGGGAAAUGCUUAACAUUGUGGAAUCGAUAUAUAAAAUGGUGUCUAACAUGGUGUCACUUCCGGAAGAAGAGAACACGCCAGAAAAACGUGUAAAUAAAAUAUUUAAUUUGAUGGACAAGAAUAAAGACGAUAGACUGUCCAUGGAGGAAUUCCGAGAGGGAUCAAAAUCAGAUCCUACAAUUGUUCAAGCACUUUCGCUUUAUGACGGAUUAGUUUGACAUUUUUUUGUAUUUUACAUUUUAAAUGUUAUGUCAGAACGGCGCCAUUUUGGUUGAUUUUACGAAAUUACUACUUUAGCAAAAUGAACCAGCGACAAAAUAAGUUAAAUAACAAGUCAAGUAAAUAUCAGCUGGGAUGUAGACUUGACUACAUAUAUAUAUGCAAUGACAUGUCAGGCAAUUUUUGCUGUGUUUCUAAAUUCUACUGAGAAUCUCAUUUUACAUUAAUUGUCAAUAUUCAGUCUGGAAUAUUCACUGCGCGCGCAUGUUUUUUGCAGUGCGCGUACAUUUCUAAUCGAUACUUGACCGUUCUUCAAUACAAGCCGCAAAGUUGUCUCGCAUUUGUAUUAUUUAAUACAAAAUACUAUCUAAAACCUUGAUGAUAUAUCUAUAAGCUUGGGCAAAUCCGAGGACUAUGAACACUGUUUAUAUCCGCGGUCUUCAUGCAUGACUAUAUAAAUUUCUUCAGUGCAAAACUGAACUGACCAACGUUUUCCAAUACUAUUCCCAUGAAUAGUCGGUGAAGAUUAAGCGAUGACAACGUUUUAAUGUACGAAUCAGAUGUAUAUACUAUAUAUAAUUGUAACACGUGAUAUUUCCAAGAUAUUGUUGCCAGUAGCGUAGCCAGCCUGACGAUUUGCUCCGCUAAUACUCUGGUGAUCAUUGACUGUGAAACAAUAAAUUU